AAUCCCCAUUUCCUCCUCCUCAGCCUUCCCCUUCUUCCUCCCCAUUGAUCCCCUUCCCCACCUCCACUCGUCUCCCAAAUCGCCAGCGGAGAGGGAGAGCCAUGCCGCCUCCUCCCCUGCCCUCGCCGCCCCUGACCGGCUGACCCCACCUCCGCACUGCUCUUUCCCUUCCACCUGGGCCCCCACAGCGUUCCCCUUCCCGUCACCACCAAAUCCCCAAAUCCCGGAGGGACGAGCGAGGAGGUAAUUCGUCGCCUGAUCGAUCGGCCGAUCCGCCGCCGCUGCCGCCAUGUUCAACAAGAUCAUCAAGAGGGGGAACCGCAAGGGCGCGCGCGGGGACAGCGCGGAGUCCGCCGCGCGCCCCGCAGCGCCCUCGUCGUCCUCCGGGAGCGGCGGCGGCGGCGGCGCGGGGGGCGCCGCGCCCGUCACCGUCAACCACGCCUCCCGGGGCACAGGGCCUUCGCCGUCCUCGCCCACCUCGCCGCACGUCGCGCCGUCCGCGCUCGUGACCAACCAGGCGGCUGGGGCGGCGUCGCCGCCACUCCUCGAGCCGCUCCCGCUCCUCCGCGACGUCGCCGCCGCAGACCGCCCGGGCCUCCUCCUCCGCAAGCUCCGCCUCGUCGCCGCGGUCUUCGACCUCUCGGACUCGCUCAAGCACCCGCGGGAGAAGGAGGCCAAACGCCAGGCGCUCCUCGAGCUCGUCGAUUACGUGCAGGCUCCUGCUCAGGCCGCGGGCGCCAACGCGCAAGCGCGCCUCCCGGACCACGUCCAGGAGGCCCUCGUCGCCGCCAUCUCUGCCAACAUCUUCCGCCCGCUGCCACCCGCGCUGCACGAGUCCGCCGCCGCGAUCGACCCCGGCGCCGCGCCCGACGACGAGGAGGAGCCAUACCUCGACCCCUCCUGGCCACACCUCCAGCUCGUCUAUGACCUCCUCCUCCGAUACGUUGUUUCGCCCGACACCGACACCAAGGUCGCCAAGCGGUAUGUGGACCACGCCUUCGUCCUCCGCCUCCUCGACCUCUUUGACUCCGAGGAUCCGCGUGAGCGCGAGUAUCUCAAGACCGUGCUCCACCGCAUCUAUGGCAAGUUCAUGGUACACCGGCCAUUCAUCCGCAAGGCCAUCAACAAUGUGUUCUACCGGUUCAUCUUUGAGACACAGCGCCACAAUGGCAUAGGGGAGCUCCUUGAGAUCCUUGGAAGCAUCAUUAAUGGCUUUGCCUUGCCAAUGAAGGAGGAGCACAAGCUAUUCCUUGCCCGUGCUCUCAUCCCCCUGCACAAGCCCAAAUCUGUUGGGAUCUACCAUCAGCAGCUGUCCUAUUGUAUUGUUCAGUUCGUUGAGAAGGACUACAAAUUAGCAGAUACUGUGAUUAGGGGUCUGCUCAAGUACUGGCCAGUCACAAAUUGCCAGAAGGAGGUGUUGUUUCUGGGGGAGCUUGAAGAAGUGCUCGAGGCAACGCAGCCUGCAGAGUUCCAGCGGUGCAUGGUGCCAUUGUUUAAGCAGAUUGGUCGAUGCCUUAACAGUUCUCACUUCCAGGUUGCUGAACGGGCUUUGUUCUUGUGGAACAACGAUCACAUUGUAAGCUUGAUAGCACAAAAUCGUGGUGCUAUAUUUCCAAUUAUAUUUGAAGCACUUGAGAGGAAUAUACAGAGCCACUGGAAUCAAGCUGUUCAUGGUCUCACUGCAAAUGUGCGCAAAAUGUUUUUGGACAUGGACAGUGAACUAUUUGAAGAGUGCCAGCAUCAGUACAUGGAGAAACAAGCAAAAGCCAAAGAGAUGCAGGAGCAACGAGAAUCAGCAUGGAGACAAUUGGAAGCUGUUGUUGCUGCCAAGGCUGCUGGAGAUGAUAUGGUUUUGGUCAACUAGAUGAUUGCUGCUCACUUAUUUCAUGAGCGUCACGUGCACCUUUUGAGACAACAAGGUAUUGGUGCUAGUUGCGGUGCUCUUAUAUCAACAUUGUUGACUUGGGACUACCAGAUCCAUGUUCCUUGCACCAGUGAAAAAAAGUGUGGACCGAGUUUGAACACAUUGGUGGCAGCCAAGGCCAAUCAUGCAGAAUUUCUAUGCCUAGUGAGGUCCUGCUAUGGUUCUGACCCGUUCCUUUAUUCAGCCCCUGCUUUUCUGUUGUGUUAAUUUAUGAAUAAUUGGACUUGUAUUAAUCCUUCAUUGUUUGCCCUAGUUCCGUACCCACAAUUGGGAAAAUCCCAGUAGAGAAAAUGACUGAGCUAGAUUGUAAGCUUUUAUUUAUUUAUUUUUAUUUUUAUUACUUUUCUACUUCGGAGUUAUUUCAGUUCAUGUUGUUGUAUGGAGGUAACAUCACGAAUUCAGAUAAAAAGCGCUUUUAACUUAGUUUCUGGCAUGAUAGCAAUA